ACAACUGCGGAAAGUUGGGCACUGGAGAGAUAGCAGACACGACAACAAGAAACAAACCAAGUCAGACAUCGUUGCAAAAGUUGGCAAAGGAUCAUGAAGGAGGACAAGGAAAACACGCGUCCCAGAGAAAGGAAAGUGGAAAUAAAAUGUGAUGAAAACGACAAACCAGAGAAGCCAAAUAAAGAGAAGAAGGAAGCUAUGACAAAGAUUGUAAUCCGACGUCUGCCUCCAAGUCUAACUAAAGAAGACUUAGAGGAACAACUGCAGCCUCUUCCAGAGCUAGAUUACCUGGAGUUUUUCUCAAGUGAUACUAGUCUUUUCCCUCAUCUGUUUGCAAGAGCAUAUCUGAAUUUCAAAAAUCAAGAUGACGUACUUCUCUUCAGAGACCGUUUUGAUGGCUACGUCUUCAUUGAUAAUCGAGGACAAGAAUAUCCUGCCAUUGUUGAGUUUGCACCAUUCCAGAAAGUUGCUAAGAAAAGAAGCAAGAAGAAAGAUGCCAAAAGUGGAACGAUUGAAGAUGAUGCUGAUUACAAAAAGUUUUUGGAGUUCUACAAUGGUGAUGAGGAGAAAUUUCCUUCCAAUCCUGAGACCUUACUUGAGGAAAUAGAGGCCAGGACAAAAGAACUCAGUGCUAAAAAAACGACACCUCUCUUGGACUUCCUUAAGAAUAAACAGAGGAUUAGAGAAGAGAAGAAAGAAGAGAGGAGACGGAGAGAGUUAGAACGCAAACGCUUGCGAGAUGAAGAACGGCGUAAGUGGAGAGAGGAGGACAGAAGAAAAAGAAAAGAGGCUGAGAAAUUUAAAAAGGGAGAAAAGGCAUCUGAUAAGGAUAAAGACCAACCUAAAGAUGAACAGCCAAAAAUCAAGCUCUUAAGAAAACCAGAGAAAGCAGACAAUGGUGAUACUGAGAAGCUAAAAGACAAGCCUAAGAAACAAGACCGAGAGAAACAGAAGGAAGAUCGACCUCCUGGAGGAGGAGAGAUGAAGAAGCGACAGAAUGGUGAAUACAGAGAGGAGAAGGGGGGCAAAUCAGAGGAUAGUGGGCAUAAAGAUUACAGAGAUCGUGAUGGAGACAGAGAGAGAGACCGGGACAGAGACAGAGAGCGAAGACAAAAAGAAAAAGAACGUAUCAGAAGGCAGGAUGAGGAACGAAGGAGGAGAAGGGAACGUCAGGACGGAGAAAACACCUACAAAAAGAGAGAGGAGGAAGGAAAGAAGGACAAGGAGCGUGUUUGGGAGAAAAGAAAGCAUGAAAACACUGGAGAGUCCUCAGUUAAUGCUCAUCCUGAAAAGCCAUCAAGGGACAACAAAAAGGAAGACAGUGCCAAAAAGGAUCGUCUGAGAAAUAAGGAUCGGCCUGCGAUUCAGCUGUACCAGCCUGGGGCGAGGACCCGUACCCGGGGAGGAGGAGGUCGAGAUGGAGAUGGACAGGCUGAGCUGGAGUCCAAGAAUAGCCAAGAGAAAGUGGCUGAGUGAGGAAGCAGCUAUGCUAGCAUGAAAUGAUGUCUCGAGAGAGGAGGGUCUCUGUUCUAGUCAGGACAAACACCUCAAAAACAUGGUGCUGCCAGCAAAAGAAAUCCCCACACAUAAAAUAAAAUAAAACUCUCUUGUCACUGACACGGGAGAACAUACCUGUUGCCCUCCAGUGCCUGAAUGAGUUCAUGAGCAAGGCAAGUCCUAACCGACGGUUAGAUUUGAGAAACGGGGCAUAACCACGAGAGAAGUGAUUGGACCAUGAUAACUUGAAGUGGCCUUACUUUUGGUACACAGCCAAACUUGUUUUACUUCACCUGCUUUUCUGUUUCAUAGUUAAUAAAAGUCUGAUCUGGCUUGCUCAAGAUUUCUCACUGUUCCGCUUUAGAAAGAUCUUUCACACCUUACCUGAACCCUUCUAUCUGGUAUCAUACAGUGCAUUUCACUUCAGACAAUCAGUAAUGAAUUUGUGUUCUAUGAGCAUGGAUGUAGCCUGCAGCCAUUUCUGUUCUGAUUUGGGAUUUGUCAGGUGGAAAAAGCCAUGCUUUGUGAUGCUGAUGCCUUGAUCACUGUUAGUUCUUUUGUGCAAGUCGAUUAAAUUAUAUGCAAAAACAGAUUGUGGCCUUUUAUAGUUUGGGAAUUGAAGUAUAUACUACCACUCUGCAUCCUCUGGUUAGGAAAUGGCCACAUGUGCUGUCAUCCAAUUGUAUGUUUCAUUGUAACCAAUCCUUAAUUCAAAACAGCUUGUUUUUCUUUUAUAGUUGCAGCUUUGUCAAAAUGUGAAGAUAAAUCCAAAAAGACAAUAAAUUAACAACCAAUGUGUUA